GAAGUUGUGUUGUGUGUGCGUUUGCGCGCGUAUUUAUUUAAUACAAUCUUUGCGAAAAGCAUAUAAACUUCCUAAUCAUAAUCAAGAAAACAAUCGAAAAUCAACAAGAAAAACAAUUGGGUUGCUAUAUAAUAAAGUGCGACGAAAUAGUGCAAUCACCGUAGCGACAAAAUAAAGGACGAUCAGUGUUUAGUGAGCAAGAUUCCGUACCGUCGCUACGGAGACGACGACGACCACAACAGCCCGGAUCCGAGAUGACAGUUACCGGAAGUUUGGGAAUUAUGCACAGGCCAUGCUUUUCCGGAUAUCCGUUUCAAGGACAGGGACGUGUGAACCAAUUGGGAGGCGUAUUCAUAAAUGGCCGCCCCCUGCCGAAUCACACGCGGCUAAAAAUCGUGGAGUUGGCGGCCGCCGGAGUCCGACCCUGCGUCAUCUCGAGACAAUUGCGCGUCUCACACGGCUGCGUCAGCAAAAUAUUGAACAGAUAUCAGGAGACUGGAUCUAUAAGACCCGGAGUAAUCGGCGGUUCGAAACCGAGGGUCGCAACUCCGGAGGUCGAGAACAGGAUCGAGCAAUACAAGAGGGAGAAUCCGUCGAUCUUCAGUUGGGAGAUCCGCGACAGAUUGGUGAAGGAGGGCAUCUGCGACAGAAGCACCGCUCCGAGUGUGUCCGCCAUCUCGCGGUUGCUGAGGGGACGUGGAGGCGAAUGCGACGACAAAUCGUCUGAUAAUGAAGGCGCUUCGGAUUGCGAAAGCGAACCGGGGAUUCCCCUGAAGAGGAAACAGCGCAGAUCGCGGACCACCUUCACCGCGCACCAGCUGGACGAGUUGGAGAAGGCGUUCGAACGCACCCAAUACCCGGACAUCUACACCAGGGAGGAACUCGCGCAAAGAACCAAACUGACGGAGGCUCGCAUCCAGGUGUGGUUCAGUAAUCGAAGGGCUCGUCUCCGCAAGCAAUUAGCGUCGACUUCGACUUCGUACACUCCAAUGGUUUCGAAUCCUUACACGACGGCACCGACGACGCCCUACUUGUCGCAAAGUAUGCCGGACGCGGCGACCUCCUACGUACCGGCCACCAGCAACGCAUCUUCCACGCAAAUGGGUGAGAUGUACCAUCAUUCGACGUCGCCGAAUCUUCCGUUGAGCACGCACGGACUCGGCCACCAUCCCCAGAGCGGCUACGGCAGCCACCCCAUCUACACGGGCAACACGACGACGAACGUCUCCAGCAGUCUGAUGCCGCUCACGCAAUCAAUAAUGAAUGCACCCUCAUACAAAGAAGACGAAUCGACGGGGGUGAGCGGCUCCGACGGCAUCUAUCCACCGAAUCUACCACCGACACCCAACUCGAUGGUGACGAUCUUAGGCCCGAACAGCGCCAACAGUAACAGCAACAGCGAUUGCCAACAGGAAACUAAUAACAACAACACUAUGCAGCAAUGGAACAUUACAUCUUCGACGCAGCAAUCGAUCAGAAACAAUCCGAGUCCGAAUGGUCUUGGUGGUGGUGCUGGUCAUCAUCAUCACAACCACCACCAUCAUCAUCACAAUCAGAUGGGAUUCGGUAACCAUCAUGUGACCGCUGCAGCGGCGGCAGCAGCAGCCGCUUACCAACCUCCAGCGCAUUACGCGACGGCGUAUCAACCGCCGAAACCGACGGCUUUCACGCAUCAGGCACCUUUCUGCGGAUGGUACUGAAUCCUAAUCAAAACCAUAACGUUCUUGUAAAUUUUCUUGUAUAAACAC